UAAUAACUUUUUCAAUUUCUGGUAACUUUUAUAUAUAUAUAAAAAAAAGGAGAAGGAAAGUAUUCUCUUUUUUUCUUCUUCUCUUUCUCUCUAUCUCUCGCAUUUCUGUAUUGAUGUUUAGUGAAAAGAAAGUCAAACAAUUACGAAACCAUCUAGAAUCCAAUCUCGAGUGUCUCCAAAGAGAGACAAUGAACAUUGCGGUACGUUCAAAUCACGUUCCUGGGCAUGAAGCAGUCAAAUCACGUUGUAGGCCGAUAAACGUAGCUGGAACGGCUAAUGUCGUUUGUGGCUACAGGUUACCAGUACCCGGGAAAGGUGGUUUUCACUCCAACCAGGUUCAUCGUGUUGGUUACAGCAGCAGUGACCGGAUUCGCGAGGAUGAACUAAAUUCAUCGAAUUUUAUCUUCAAUACCAAUGCACAUGCUCGUCAUGAGAAGCACUUACACGAUACGAUCAAUUUCAUUCAGAGAACAAAGAAAAAGUGCGAGAAAAAUGUGUUCGACGCAAAAAUUAAAUUAGGUAUUGAUGCAUAUGAGGAAGAUUUGAAUCGUCGUCGAGAAAAGCUUCGAAAAUUGAUGCUCAAUGAAGAAGAAAUUUUAACUAAAGAAAUCAUCAAAAUUGCUGAGGAGAGUAGAGAAUUCUACCAAGAGAAUUUAAAAAGUCGAAUUGAAGAAGCUAAAAGACAGGAAGAAAAUGCUAGAUUAUCUUUUAUAAAGUCGAAGCGACAUCAGCAGUUUCUCGAUAUGUGUCCAGAAGUAAGAGAUUAUUUUGCCAAGAAAACUAUCGAAAAUGUCAAACAUUGUAAUUUAAUGCAAAUAGAGGAGAAUAAUGCACAAAAAAAUGAAGAGAAAAUACUCAAUUUAAUGUGGCAUAAUUUAAUGUUGAAUAACAUGAAAGGAAUAAAAUUACGUGAGGAUGAGGAGGCAAAAAAGCGAGCUAUCGCAAUUUUCGAUGUAGAGGCUACUUUGAGAAAGCAAAUUGCUGGCAAAGAGGCGUUGAUGUCCGAGGAACGAAAACGCGUUGAGAAAGAGCAAUGCGAGAAUGUUAGACAGCUUUGCGAGGAUCUUCAAAAAGAGGAAGCAUCACGAUUCGAAUGGGAGAGAAAUAAAAAGGACAAGUUGAAAAGGGAUCUGAAAGAUCAAUUGAAAAUGGCACGAAUGUGUCAGGCUGAGCGUGUCUCUAAGGAGGCAGCAAUGGAACGCACGUUUCAAGAUCUGAUUGAAAAGGAGCUGGCAAUGGUGAAAAGAGAAGAAAAACACUUAUCAAACGAUCUUCGAAACGAACAGUUGGCGUAUUUAAAGAGUCUUCAGGAAUUCCGGGAGCAGGAAACAAGACGAAAUGCCGAGGUUGAGGAAAUUGUUGGUAAGUACGAGAAGGAUGCUGAGGAGAUGAGACGUCGUGCAAUGAAGAAACGAGACGAGACUCGUGCUCGUGAACUUCAAAAAGUCCUUGAUAUACGUAGAAAACAGUUGGAGGAGAAGGAAGAAAUUAAAGUAAACGAAAAGCAACGAAUCGAUCGUGAACGUGAUGUUUUCAUGAAACAGAAUGAGAACGACGCUAAGCUGAUGGAUUACGAUCGAAAAUGUAAGAAGGUGGCUGCAUUACGCUACCAAAAGGAUCUCAUCGAUCAACAAUUUUAUAUAAAAAAUUUGAGACAACGCGAAUCUGAAGAAGAGAAAAAUAAAUUUAAAAAAUAUAUUCAACAAAAGGAACAAGAAUAUAAAAAACUCAAGGAAAAUUUAUUCAACUAAAAUUGUAUUUUUAUCAAUUCUUUUUCCUAUACACAUAAAUUCCAAUUAAAAAAAUUAUAUUUAAUCGAAAUUUAAUUAAUAACAAAAUUAUUUCCAUUAUUAUCUUUUUUUUUUUUAAUUAACAUAUAUAUGAAAUUCUAUAUACCUGCAUAUAAGGGAAAAUUAUUUGAUAAAGUGCAAUUUGUGUGAUUUUCCAAUUCGUAUGUAUUUAUUAAUAAAAGUCCAUAGCAAUUUUCGUGUUUAUUUUCUGAUUUCAAUGAAUCAUGUAUUUCUUUCUUUCUUUUUUUUUUGGUUGAAGCAUA